GCGUGAUCGUUGUUUCCAAGUCUGGUACCUGCAUCAGCAGCUCCGCCCAGCUUCCCCACCAACAAUCGCAGCUCCACAUCCAUACACCCCAAACCCCGACGACAUCAGCAUACCCCGCAGAUUCACGACCCAUCGCACUUGCAAUAGCCAAAUAUACGCCCUAUACAAUUGAGUGCUGCUACUUCGGCAAAUUUUGGCCAGAUUCCACACACGCGUACAGUCCUAUUGGAUAUGCAUGACGAACACCCACAUCCUCUCCUCGCCCAAGUUCCCUUGACACUCUCCCCCUUCCUCUCCCUCCCUACCUCGGUCCCCUUGCCAUACUCCUACGUAACCCUACCCUCGACGCUUCCUCCCUCGAUCCUCUCCCAACAGCAGCAAGACGGGUCCAACGCGUCGAAACCCGCAUACGUCAUGUCUUCAUCCGGCACGUCAGCGCACCCAGACCAGAUUCUCACAUCAUGUGUCGCACUACAAGAACACUUGUCUAAGCUAGAGGCCGACGCGAGGAAGACAUUGGCGCAGUGGGAGGAACGGAGGCAGAAAGAGGAUCUCGCCGAGAAGAGGAGAGUUGCGCCGGGUUGGUUAGAUAGUGGUGUACAUAUACUGAAGCCAGAGGAGAGUGAUGGAGGCGCGAAGAAGGAAGACAAAGCGCCGGUGCAGAAUCUCAUGGAUCUAGAUCCGCAAGCGGAGAGCAAGGCCAAAGAAGGCGAGGAAUUGGAUAGGGUGUUUGGUGGACUCCAAGUUUAGCUACUCAAACAUCACAUAUACCCAUGAGCAAGAUUUAGUGACCAGCGGUCUUCAUAAUAGAUUAAUACCAAGUUAUAGAACUAUAAGCUGUGACAUGCUGUUUAGCCCAAGCCCAGAUACGCGUCGCCUACAGUGUCCCCAUAGC